AUGACGCCUCGACGACAACGGCUUCGCUUGUUCACACGCCGGAGGGUCGGCUGGUCGGCUGGUCGGCUGGUCGACCGGAGUGAGGCAAACCGCCGUCAGUUGGCGAUUCCGACGACAGACUGUCACGUUUGUAUGUGCACACUAGCAGACAAGAGUAUUCAUGUCGUCUUGUUGCCGGGGCGAGGGGAGGGGGGUAGGUGUGGUUUGUUGAGAAAGUAUGAGCAAUCGGUUGGCCAGCAGACACGAUUUGAGAAGAUGUAA